AUGGACAGCAACCCUCUGGAGCGCCUCGACGCCGCGGAUUUCCUGAGCAUCUGGCAGCACUUCGAUGCCGACGGCAAUGGUUACAUAGAGGGGAAAGAGCUUGAUAAUUUUUUCCAUCAUCUGCUACAGGCUAUGGACCGUGGAAGCAUCAUAACAGAGGAAAAAGUCCGGAUAGUGAAAGAACAGUAUAUGUCAACUUUUGACAUGACUGCAGAUGGACGCUUGCAGAUAGAAGAGCUUGCCAAUAUGCUUUUGACAGAGGAUGAGAACUUUCUGCUGCUUUUCCGACGAGAAACGCCCUUGGACAAUAGUGUGGAGUUCAUGCGUAUUUGGCGUCAAUAUGAUUCCGAUAGAAGUGGCUUUAUUUCUGCUGCUGAGCUCCAAAACUUUCUGCAAGAUCUUUUUCGCCAACAUGGAAAAACCAUUUCUAAGGCCAAAUUGCAGGAAUAUACCGAUACCAUGAUGAAGAUCUUUGACAAAAAUAAAGAUGGAAAACUGGACCUGAAUGACCUAGCAAGGAUCCUGGCUCUUCAAGAGAAUUUUCUCCUUCAGUUUAAAAUGGAUGCUUCUAGCACAGAAGAAAGGAAGAGAGAUUUUGAGAAAAUCUUUUCUCACUAUGAUGUUAGUAAGACAGGAGAACUUGAAGGCCCGGAAGUGGAUGGGUUUAUUAAGGAUAUGAUGGAACUUGUCAAGCCUAGCAUUAGUGGCACGGACCUGGAUAAGUUGCGCCAGAUACUGCUUCGCCACUGCGAUAUCAACAAGGAUGGGAAGAUUCAAAAAUCUGAACUUGCCUUGUGCCUAGGAAUUAAAAUGAUCCCAUAGACCUCAAUUAGCUUUCCCUACAGU